CUCACAUAUCACGACCUCCUUCCACUCUUUCCAAAACACGAUUCGCAGCCCUAGAACGAUAAUUUCGUAGCAAACAUCAUGGAUUCUUCGUCAGAAGACAAGCAUUGGGCCGCCAAAUACCUGCUUGAUCCUCUGACAGCACCGGAGCCCAGUCAAGAAACAGGGCCAGGAACCCAUUUUACCACAACUGUGAACAGAGCUCCAUCGACCUCAAAAACUGCUGCCGUCUCCACUUCCUCGAAGACUCCCUCAUCAACAUUUUACCCUACACCACCUAGCUCAGCAAGUCCUACCCAAUCAACCUUCAGCUCGAAAAAUCCUUACGCUUCUUCUCCUUCUCAUCGACAAGCUGCUUUUGCAGAUUACACCAACGCCGGACCAAGCAGGAGAAGUCCGGAGCCAGGAACAGGAACAGGUCGAAGAAGAGGCAGUUCAUUAAGUGAACGAUUUCCUGGAGAUAUGUCGCACCGACCCCUCGAUCAAUUGCGAAAGGAGACCAAGGCGGCCAAUCGUGCGCCGCACUUGAGGAAGAAGCACCUCCCGGGCGCGGAUGUCAUAGAUUCCCUCGAUAGAUCUAUGAUUGGAGGUCUCUACCACCACGAGGGUCCAUAUGAUGCCACGCUACUCGCACGAAAUACAAGCUACAAGAACUCUCCUGUUGAAGCUGUCAGAGGCACAAACGAAGAGGCAAUUCGAGCAACACCGGUAGAAAAUAUUAAGGAUUCUCUCAACAAACAUGUGCCAUUACAAGGAACUGCUGUCAUCCCACCUGGAAUGGCCGGCUUGGACGGAAGACCCAUGGAAUACGAAGAAGGUGCUGAUUUGAUGCGCGAGCCGGAUGCACCGGGUGGUGCUUACAAACGAUGGGAGGGAAUCAAAUAUCUACCAGAUGACUACAAAGGCAAAGGCGAGCCAUCUUUCUCGAUUGAAAAAGCUUUGAAAGAACACGAGAAGAGCGAUCGACGAGUUGCCUCGGAAGGAAAUGGCUCGUAUGAAAUGCAACCACGAGCUCCCAUGAACAGGCAGAGAAGUGCCAGCGGUAGCAGUGUCGGACGUAUGAAUGCAGGCAGCCCCACAGGUAGCUCCUUGAGAUAUUCGGAUUUCGAAGGAGAUAUGCGAAGAAGCAACACGACCGGACGACGAUUAGGAGAAGGAUUGAAGAGGAGAUUUGGAAGCUUAAGACGAGGCAAGAAGACUGCGGAAGUCUAA